AUGGAAGGCUACAGGCUCUCCCAGAUGGGCCGCCACCCUGGAGGCGCAGGGAAUACCCAGCAGGCCAUGAACGAUCAAAGUCGAGUCUUCGCUGGUUUACGAGGACAAGGAUUUGCUUUCCGUGCUACCCCUAAUCACGAAAUGUCAUUGACUCCAGGAUUUGGGCGAAGGGCCAAUGUAUCCGCUGAUUCUUUCUCUCCAAUUCCCUCUGGCUCAACCGGGUUUGCUCCUUCUUUCCGUUCAAAUAGCUGGGUCCCAGGCAGCUGUUAUCCUUCAUUCAAUCAACAUGCCCCCAGGCAGCACAAUCAACCCCAUUCCGAUCUCCAACAAGCGCUCUUUUCUGGCCCCAUGCAAAAGCAAGAUUCCAUUUCUGUAUGCCAAUCUGUUUCUGCAUUGGGCUUUGCUCAAUUCGGCGACCAGGCGUCUUUUACUGACCCAAUUACCUUACCUUCUCAAUCUCAACUACUUGAUUUCUCCGAUGUUGGGGAAUCUGGGAAUGGCCAGUCAUCUGCGGGAGCUGCCCCUAUGGCUCAAACGGACUCCCAAUUCCUUUCGGGGUUUGACGACGACUUGCGUCUACUCGGUGAACCGUACUUGAGCAUGCACAAAGAUCCCGUAGAAGGAUUUCCGUGCUACAGCUCUUCCGCCGAUUUUGACGAGGAAACUUUGCUCAGCGCAAUAAUCAACGAUUCCCCUGAGCCGAAUUACGACACCCACCAUGCCGGCUUCAACGGAGGACAUAUGAACCACCAGAAUCAACUUGGACAUGCCCGGACGAGCCCUGAAGCCCCGGCGUUGACCAGCGAUGGCUUGUGCCCAAACAUCAAUCCUGGACCCCAGCAUUCCGAUGGCGGCGAACUUGGCGGAUUUGACUAUGAACUUCCAAUCCCCAACUGUGAACAGAAUGGAGCUGCAGAACAAUCUCUUGUCGAUGGCCAGUCUGAAAAGAUUCCUCACCGUCUUAUCCAGCAUCCUGGCGACGGACAACCUGGCAUUAAUGAUAUUGAGCGUUCAUCCCCCAACGACAGCAAGCACGAAACUGGCGACCAAGAAAAGAGCAACAAUGAAGAUCACGGCGAGAUCAGCCAGGCUGAGGAGAUUGAAGAUAACGGUUACGCAUUUGACGAUACUGCCGAAGACGAUGAUGCCUUCGAUAAUACUGUCGAUAGCGAGGAUAUACGCCCUUUAGCUCAGGCCGCCAAGCUCUCGUUUGACAUCUUUGUAGCCAACAAGGAACUGGGCAACUCUACUGCUAUCAAAGCUUCAUACAAGUCCUGGAGAACCAAUGAUCAUGAGAUGACCAAGAAAUACCUUCUCUGGAAGCUCAGUGAGAAAAACAACAAUCUUGAACGCCCGACCAAGUACAAUGGACUCGAACAAGCAAGAGAGGCGUUGAGAAGAAAAGACCUUGAUUUGGAUCCAGCGAACGACACGACAAUUCCUCGCACAGACCGCGCAAAGCAGGCAGCCGUCGCGGAACUGGUCAAAGCUAUGAAAAGCUGUUCGCGUGCCCAAGGUGAAAAAGAUGCAGUCGAAUCCUGGCGCUCAAAGUCUGCUGAACAUGCUGAUUUGAUUGAGCUUAGAUGCUGGGAGAUUCUGGAGGACUCAAUCAAUGUUCACGUGCUUGGGCAAGUUACUGGUUUUCCAUCGCUUGAUGUUGAACACAAGAACAUGGGCAAGGAUGGCAGUCGACGGACGGAUAAGAGCAUGCACAAAACGUUUGCUGACAGGCUUGUUUCUAUCCAUCAAACCCUGCGACUUCGAAAGGCGUUGUGCAAGAAUCUAUUAGAUCCCACACGCCUUCAAAAGUUCGUGCAUGCUCCUGAUGCUGAAGACAAGUCGAGCGCAUCCAACCAAAAAACCAACAAGAAGAGGGGAGAAAAUCUCAAAGAGUUCAACGAGAUCAAGGAGAAGGUACGGAGGAGCUCUGAAAACAGUCCACAGCAGCAUUUCGAGGGUGUUCCAUCAUCAUCGACCCCCAAUGAACCCAAGGGUAAGCCCAAGGGUACCAGCCCGCGAAAGUGCCGCAGCUCCAGAGGCUCCUCGAGAUCACAAAACAAGCAUACCGGCGAUCGUGCGUCUCCACAAACCCCUGGAAACUCGGAACUCGGGCAUGGCCACAGUCCGGCGGAGAACUUCAAGGAGCCCCCUUCGGCAAAGCUGUCUCAGCCUCCAGCGCAAGCGCAGGUGGAUACGCUCCAAAUUUCCCAGUCACUCUCUGGCCGCACCUCGAGCUAUCCGUCCACGAAAUUGGAUGCCGAUGCAGACCAUGCGCAAACGAGCACAUCCAGGCCCCGCAAUAGAGUUGGAUCCAACUGCAAGAAGCCCGCAUCAACCCAACCGUCUCAGACCAGUGAAAUUCAAUAUCGAUUCGCUGAGAAUAUCACUUUAGACGGGCAACAACGACAGAUUCAGCAAGGGCGUAUCGACCAGUCCCGGAAGCGCGCGCUCGAGGAAACAGGCCAGCAUCCCACGACCAUCAAGAAGCGUUGUGUGUAG